AAGUAAGUUAAGAGCAAAUAAAUUAAACACAUUUAUAUUUAAGCAAUUAAUUAGAUGGCUCCGAUGAAUAAGCUCACGUUGACCGCCGCAUCAUGUGGCGGCGUUCUCAUUUUGGCAUUUCUUUUCUGUUUUGGUGUUCAGAGCAGUGAGGGAAUUAGGGGGCAGUCGCUCUCCUCAAACUAUAAAGUCUUCAGUGAAAGUCACCCAAGUCCCGGCGCUGGUCACAGAAUUCCUCCCCCAGCUGCCUCCGCCGAUGAGCUGCCGUCGUCGCUGUCCUCUAACUAUAAAGUCUUCAGUGAAAGUCACCCAGGGCCAAGUCCCGGCCAGGGUCACGACGUUCCUCCCCGUGGCGCUACUUCACCUCCGGCCAAUAAUUAAACCUAGCUAGCUAAAUGCAUGCAUGCCCUAGUUGAUGCCUCGUUCCCUCAACGAACCUUGAUGUAUACCUUCUCUUUACCCGUAUAAUAUAAUUCUGUGUUACAAUUUAUGUAUUUAAACUAUAUAUGAUACGAGUAUUGAUGAUAUGAAAGAAUAAGAAAUAAUGAACGAUUUCUAUUACCCCG